UUUAAUAUUUUUUACUAUAGUCAACUGUAUUUCCGUGUCGUGAAGCUGGGUUACAGUUACGAGAUUAUAUAACAAACCAAAAUGUCGUUGAUGUGCCAUUCAUCCAUGACGAGGCCAAGAUGACGAUCAUCAUUUGUUUCCGUCUUUUGAUUUUUCAAGUUUUACUUGUUAUUAAUAUUUCAUUCAUGCUUGUUGGUGCAACAUUAAAUUUUUCUGACAUAAAUUCUUACGCUAAAGUUUCAAGAAGUGGUUCUGGACUAUCAAACAAUUUUAAACCAAGCGUGGAAAAUUCUAAUAACGAGGGAAGAAAUUUUCAAGUAUCUCCUGUAUAUGUUUCAUCAAAAAUAUCUAAAUUAAAAAAUGGUGAAGCUUUCGAUUAUCCCUCAACUCAACGAUAUUCAACUCUUGAUGAAGAAUUACUUGCAAAUUAUGAUGAUGUUAAUAUGAAAAACCAAGCACAAGAUAGAUUUCAUCCACCUCCAAAAUUUGAACAUUCAAUUGCUCAUUCAAAUGCUGUUCGACAACAAAAUAAUAAUAAUGAAAAUUCAUCAAGUCCUCCAGGCUCAUCACCAUCAGCAUCAUCAUCAUCAAGCAAUUAUCAAACAUUGCCAAAACAAGUCUUUUCAAGUGACUUUAAUUAUCCAUCAACUUCAAAACCAAUCAUGGAUAAUUUACCAUCAAUAACAAUUGAUAAUUAUUCACCUGAUAAUUCAUACUCUGAGCAGCCAGUUUCUUAUGUGUCAGGAAAAAUGCCAUAUCAAGGUCCAGAUAAUCUCCCAAGUUAUUUAGAAAAAUUUCCCUCAAAACCACAAUUUCCAUCUUACAUUGAUACAACAUUUCCUCUUGAUAAUGAACAUUUAUCUUUUCAUCAUGAUCAUCAAGAUGAUGAUGAACAUAAUCAUGAAUUAAUUUAUGAUCAUCCACCAGAUCAUUAUGAUCAUUAUGAUCAUCAUCAUCAUCAUCAUCAUAUGACUAUGACAACAACAACUGAAGAACCAGAAGAAAUGAAUGAUCAAAGACUCAGUAAACGACCAUAUUCUUAUUAUUAUCUUGGUAAAAAAUUAUGGUAUUUACCAUUGUAUUUUAGUAUUUAUUUUAUAAUAUAUAUUGGAGCACUUGUACUUAAAAGUAUUGCUAGACAUAAAAUUAAUUUUCCAUCAACACUUGCUAAUGUUGGUGAUACACGUUCAAUAAAUAAUAUUCCUGAUUGGUGGGAUUUAACUAAAAUAGUACUUGAUGCUAUUGAUGAUAUCACAACAAGACUGCAUGAUUAA